CAACGGAAAAAGCUGUCAGAAGUGCGCGGAAUGUGAGGUUAGGGAGUGACGAAACGAAAACACAAUGGAAAAACUCGGAAUUUUCGCAAUUUUCCUGCUUCUGCACACCAAUGGUUUGUUGUGCGAGGACAAUCCCUGCAGACACGCCCUGGCCAACACCGAUGUGGUGGAUUUGACACCGCUGAAAACCCACCAGUACAUCACAUAUGCGUCCAACAAUCAAAUCUAUGUGUUCAGCAUCUGUGAGGAUUCCAAGAAAAUCCCCGAGCAAAUCUUGCCGAAAGACGAAAGCAAUCCCUGCACCAAGGACGAGGGAUACUCUCUGUGCUUGUUCAAUAGCACAUCCCCGGUGAAUUCUACAAAAUUGGCCAAAACUUCAGAAUGGAAGUGGACAGAGAAUCAAGGGAAUAUUUCUCUCACGACCAAGUUCAAUGCUUCAGAACUGCGCAUACAACUUUCGUGCUUAUCGUCAUCACACGAGUCAACAUUUUUCGUAGCAACUCCGGCAGCUGAUCCGAAAGACGUUGCUCGGGAAUUUCACCUCUUGUCGCCGCUGGCGUGUCCCCAAAAGGUGGCCCACGAUGACGGCUUAAGCACAGGAUCUGUACUUAUGAUAAUUCUGCUUGUGGCAUUCAUCACCUAUCUGGGGAUCGGGAUAGUCGUGAAUUUCUUCCUGGUGGGAGCUCGAGGAAUGGAAGUCAUACCAAAUAUCCAAUUCUGGCGAAAUCUGCCGGGACUAGUCAUGGACGGCAUCAGAUUCGUGCAGAAUGGAUGCAAAGUGAGGCCCAGCGAUCUGGUUCAAGGUCGCGACACCUACGACUCAAUCUGAAUUUGGAGGCUUCUUUCUUUCAUCUCACAAAGCCAAUAAGUCGUAGAUUUGUGAAUAUAUCUACUUGUUAUAAGAAAUGUAAUCUUUUCACAUGGAAUAAAGAGCGUUUUGAGUGAGGAAUUGCGCAUUUUCCUCAUGUUCUGGAGAAGCUUCUGAGAAGU